AUGUCGACCAGGUGGUUUUCCUUCAGGCGGCAUUUAUUUCUCUCAAAGUACAGUAGCACCCAAUAACUUUUACAAGCUCAGGUUACUCCAUAUAUGCUAGACAGACACUACGUUCUUUAUAUUCGCAGCAGAACAAAAGUUAAAACCUUUUUUCAUCUAAAAAUGAUGCGAUCGAGUUUUUAUUGAGGUCUUUCAGAAUAGGUUCUGAUUAAUAUUGGAAAAUAAGAUGAACUAUCAAAAAUUUGAAAAAAAUGUAUUGAUCUUUGUAAAAUAAUUUGGAUCUGAGAUGAUCCUACUAUUUCAAACUAACGGUGGCUUUAAAAUUAUUUGAAGAACAAAAAGUUUCUUCCUCAACUAUGAACCUACUCGAACUCUCAAAUAUGCGUUAUUCAGUAGAACUGCGCCGAUAAAGCAAACACAGAAGCAAAAAAUAGACAAAAGUCCCGAAAAAUUUUGAAAAUCUGCAUUUUUUUUUUCCCGAAUUCAUAUGCGUUUAAUCAUCCAGCUUUGUCAUAUCUCUAAUGCGGAAGUCCAAACAUGAAAAUAAGAAUCGCAUAAUUGAUGAGUCUUCCAAAAAUAAAAAAGUUCUGAGUAAGCGGAUUUCAGAACUGGUAUUGUUAUUUCCUGAUCCAGUCAUUCUCGAAACUUAUAUUCCAAAGCCUGUAAGAAAAAACCUCUAAAAAAAAGUUGGAACAAUUUUUUUGAAUAUUCGAUAGCGCAGAGCAGCACGAACCACUUUGAAAGCGAAGAGAUCGGACUAUAUGAAGAAAUUAGCUUUAUGACGGAAACGGCUCUAGAAGCGAAAGUAGGGCAUCUAACUAUGCUGCUGAAAGUAGAUCAACUAAAAUUUUAACUCAGAUAGGAACCUUUUGAAAUACAGAAUACAAAUUUGGCUGAUGAACGACUCUUUUUUAUUAUGUUUUCUUUUAACAUUACCCUUUUUUUGACAACAACUGCAGACUCGAUUGAUAGAAGAUUUUCUGCCUUCAGAGUUUUUAUUUUUCCUUUGCAUUAAAACAAGCUCUCAAACUUGAAGAUAUUUCAAGAGAUUUUAAAAAAAACUUUGUAAUAUUUUCAUGGUCAGUACUAUUCAGGAAAAUUAGAGAACUAUUCGAGUGAAAACAACAAUAAUACAAUUUUUCUGAAAAUUAAUUGGAAGUCAAUUUUGUAGAACGAGCAGGAACAGUUGGAGCUUCGGCCGUUGCGAAACCUGUUUCAAAACUGGAAAACUCGAAACGAUUCUCGAGAAGAGAGUAGCACGGAUCAAGCCUGGUCCAGUUGGUAGGAGUUUUUCUCACAGCCAUUUGGCCUUUUUUGAAUAAACAUAAGCUUUCAUUUUUUAGAGCAGUUCAAUUUUAAAAAAGAGUGUCUUCACUGAAACGUAGAUUGGCUUUUUCCGAUUUGAAAUUUUUUUUCGCCUCAACAUAAGUUUGAAGUGUUUCAAACGCCCCAUGAAUUUAUAUUAAAAGUUCUUCAUUUUAAAUCUGAGCUGCGAAGCUUGAUGACUGUGUGAUUACAAAAAAAUUAUUCUCUCACGCGUUGUAGCUUCCGUUUCAACAAACUUUCUUGCGGUAAUUGUUUUCAAACACUAAGAAACUUUCUAAAAAUUACUGUAAUUCAUAAAAAAAAACGACUCACUCUUUUGUGCAGUAUCCCCGACUUUUCCUUCUUUUAACCUGAAAAUAUUUAUUCAUUCUAUCGAAAUUUUUAUUUUCUUGUACUUGAAUGUAUCCGUUGAAGCUGGUUGCGGCAGGCGGUUGGCCGAUUCACCCUUAAAUAAAGUUUUUUUCGAUUCAUGGUCUUACAAAAUGCAAGAUAAACUAUUUGGGAGGAAGUAAAAAGAGAAAAAAAGCUGGACAAGUCCAAUAUAAAGGGAUGAAUUUGAAAGAAGAAAAAAAUGUUUCUGAUUAACAAUGCAUAAGUCUAUAACUCUCAUGUUUUAUUUUUCAAAUAUUUGAAUAAAGAUGGUCGGGGUUUGAAAAUAUCAACGCUUAACUUGAAUUUUUUUUUCAACAUUUCGUCCCCAGGCGCAUUUCAAAACCUUCAUUCUUCUUACUUACAGCCAUCUGCUGAGGAACUAGACAUUAGUGAAAAAUUAAGUUGGAAAAAAUUUGAACAACACCAAUUUGUUCGACAUAUUGAACAAAAUAUUUUUUUCUUUUUGAAUGAAAAAAACUUGCUGCACACCAUUCCUACAGAUCAUACUGAGAAAAGAGAUGGGGCAAGGUUCAAAAAAACAUCCAAUAUUGGGAUAUUGAAUGGAGCAGACGCGAAACGGAGAAGCGUACGGCCGCGACGCAGCCGCACGCAAAUAUACACCAUCGCGGUGUUCCCAAUACAAUUCAAAGUAAACAUUCCGUUCUUUUUCGCAACAGACACAGAAUUUCCUUCGUGCUGUGAAAGCGAAUGAAACAACACCUCCUGAAGAAUCCGUUUCUAAAGAAAAAUAUAAGAAAUCCGCUCACCUGGCCUUAUCUUAAUUGGGUCUAAUUUUUCGAGCAAGCGUUUUUCUAAAUUUCAUUAAAUACCUAGUGAAUUCAAUUUUUUUGAAAUUAUUUUCAUAAUGAAAAAAAUCAUCCGUAUUUUUUUACACAGGAAAUCUUUUUUUGAAAUCUCAGACUUGAAAUUCCGUUUUGAAUAUCAUAAAAUAACUUAUUUGAGCGGUUUGAAAAAAAUGUAACCGGUUCAAAAAAAUUUUCUCGGCAUUUUCGAAGGCUUCGCAGUUAUGACUAUAUAAUAAAUUAAUCUUUAUUUGUUUUGAAACAAAAAAACGUUUUUCAAGAAAUGUUUUGAGAAGUCCCUAAAGCACAACAAUACAGAAACUUGGAAGAUUUUCCACUCACCACAAGCUUAGGACAAAAAAAUGUUGCAAAUAGUGAAAUGCUCUUUUUUUCAACAUUUUUUUAGCUGAUCGUGGGGAAAAACUGCACAAUAUAGAUUAGUGAUCUUUCAAUUUUUCAUAACCUCGAAGUCGUGUUAAAAAUUAGUUCGAUGCUGAGCUGGCGUCGUAAAAAAAUUAUUAAAACGAAAAAGAAGCAAUUUGCGAUAGUAGAUUUAGCGAAGAUUGUUUACGUAAUUAUAAACACUACUUUACUAAUCUCAGUAAUGACCAGAACGCCAAACUAGUAUUUCCUUAACUAACUUUAAAGAAAUUUCUACGCCUCCGAGAGGUUUUUCCCCUUCAGGGCUUUCUCAGUAAGUUUUUGGAAAGUUCACGUCCGGUUUGUCUCCAGUAGAGAGAGGCGGGCUGAGCCACAUCACUCUUCCCAGCUGGGCUGCUACAGGAGAAGGAAGGUGGACCGGCGGGCAAGAGCCACAACACGGUUUUCCGCAGUCGUCUGAGCAGCUUCGACAGAGAGACACGACGAAGCAACGCUGGCUGGGUCCUUGCCCCUCGACGACUCUCGUUUAGUGAACACUUAAGUGUUCGAGGACUUGCAAUUCUCAAGCGUAAUUACGCGAUUUUUUAUAACACGAACACGAUUCCUUUUCAAAUACAACUCUUUACUAACUUCCACCAAUUGAGUACGAAAACGAGGCGGCUCACAAACUGUGCAAGGAUUUGAAGUAGCUCCCACGUUGAGAAACCUCAAACUUGGGUAAUUAAACCAACACGUUUAUGAAAACAAACGAACAGUUAUUAACACGUACUUAUUAGGAUAAAAGAGUGGUAAUCGUUUGAAUAAGGAAUUACUUUAACAAAACCGAGAUACAAAUGACUAAAAUAGAUAGACGAAAACAAAUAAAAAGUAAACUAAUUAGACAGAACAAUGAACUAGAAAUAAAUAGAAAAAAAUUAUGGCGAGGAAGAAAAUGAUGACAAUUGAGAGGGGAUAAAAAAGGGGGGAAUUCGGCGCAUUUCUUUGACCCGUAGAUCACUGUCGCGGAAGAUCAACUCGGUUAGCCUUCAUCGACCAAUAUUCGAAAUGAACUUGCCGCUUUUUUUAUAUUUGAAAAAUGUUUCGCAAACUCGAUUCUCAAAAGAAAAGAAAAAUAUGUUUUCAGACCUUGUUGAACAAAGAACAGUGGGUUUGAAAAAUUAUCUCCUUUGUUUCUUUGAAAUUUUUUUAAAUGCCCAUAAAGAGUAAUUUGAAACAAAAACACUUCUCAGAAUCUUGUUUAAUUGAAUUCAAAAAAAUUUCUGUUAAUGAACAUCUUUCCAUUCCUUUUUCCAAAAAAAUUUUUCUUAAAAUUCAAGACUUAUUAAAUUGAUUUUUUUCAAUUAAACUUAUUCAAAAAUUUCAAAAAGUUCAUUAGUUGUUUUAAUGAUGAUUCGAUAACAAAUGGGGUCUAAAUUUGCUAUUACCCAUGAACUUCGAAGUUAAAAACUUCAACUUCUGAUAUAAAUGAUCUACAUAUAAACCUGAUGAAUAUUCACAAUCUCAUUGGACAUUAUUUCAAUAAUUUUUUUCAAAUUGAAAAAAACCUGUCGAAAAUAAAAAUUUUAUACUACAAAAAAGAUGAUUUUUGAGACACAUUGCGAUGUUUCGCGUUCAUCGAGAAGGUUCCGUGGAAAACUGUUUGUCUCGAAUCAGAAGACCCAAAAAAGUAAUGGCGAUCGCAUUGUAAAAGUCCAAAGGGUGUUCCUACAACAUGUCAGGCCAGGCAUUUUUAUCUCGACUACCCCUUUGCCGCGAAUAAAAAAACAUUAUCGCAAUUGUAAAAACGUCAAAAAAGACAGACGCGACGGUUUUGUGCAGCUCACGGCGCAUUUAUAAGCGGCGCGUGCGGUCGUCAGCUCAUUACUUUUUUGAGGUUUUUCUUCUGAUAAUCAGGAGCUCAAUUUCCUUAACUAGCGGCAGAGUCUUUUUUGUUCCCCAUUUCGAUUUUUCUUUCGCAGAACUGCCCAGCUCUAAAUGAACUAAAGUUUCUCAUCUGACUUUUAAAAUCUGAAUUCCAAAUUGCUCGUUCCCACAAUGCCCAAAGAUUUCAGAAGAACAGCCAUGAACUCGACAUUUUUCGGCUCAGAGUUGAUGUGCAGCUGGCUCAACGGCGACGACGUCUUCUGUUCGGUGUUGUCUUCGCUUCAAAGCUCCGAGCCUUACAACCCCAUGGAUGAAGCCUACGCGAUCAAAUUCCUUCUCCUGUUUCUCCAUGCACGACAGUGUUGGAGAGUUGUCGCCCUAGGGUUAGUCAGAGCCUCAUCUCAUUCAUAUCCAAAUUGUUUUCAGAAAACCUGUGCAGAAUCGUUUUUUCUACUGA